AUGCCAGUGACAUUUGAAACAACAUAUCCUCAGAUUUUUGAAGGCUUUCUACCCAUAGGAAACCUACUUAUUAACAUGGAGCGACUUUUUCCAAUCUGUCGUGUCAAUGACUUCCAGAUUGCAGACGUUAUAAAUCCAAAAGCAAAGAGGACCGCUCGGUUUUUGAGUGGCAUUCUUAAUUUUCUGUUCUUCCGUGAUUCACGCCGUGAAGUCUACUUGGAAAUCCAGAGUAUACAUAAAUCAGCAAUGGAAAAAGAGCAACAACUUCAGAUGGCAAUCCAGGAUGCGACACUGAAGCUGGAAAAGUUGGAUACUGUUCCUGCAGACCAGCAAGUAGAGUUCAAGGAGCUGUCUCAAGAUAUUCAAGAACUGCAGCAAAAACUCAACCAAGAAUAUCGGCAGAAAACAAGUGUUCUACAAGAAGUGAUCCACCAAAAAAGAAUGGAGAUUGCAGAAAAAAAUCAGAGUCUAAAUGACCUGAAAUUGGCAAUCUGUUAUCUAAAAGAAGAACAAGAGCAACUGAAGUCCAGGAUUACAGAGUCUCCAGAGGAACUGACUAAUUGCAGAGAACGGCUGAAGCAGACACUGCAGAAGAUUAAAAAAGACAAGCAAGAAGUAAUUGAGAAGUAUGAAGCUUAUAGAGACUUGGUAGAGAUGUUUCCAUCGUGUCAACAGGAGGUCCAAUUGUACCAAAAAAAAAUGCAAACACAAGGAGCAAAUGUGGAUAAGCUAUCAAAUAUAUUGGCUGAGAUCCGAACUUUAGAGGACCAAACUGAGAAUAGCAAAAGUGGAUUCAAGAAUGCUAAGACGGAGGAAAUGUCAUUGAAGAGAUUAGUUACUGUUAAACGUGAAAAAAUUGCUGCUGUUGAAAUCAAACUUAAAAAGAUACGUGAGGAUACGGAACUACAGAAACAGUCAAUAACUGAAAAUUGCAACAAAUUUCAAGAGAAGAGAGGAGUUGUCUGUGAAAAACUGACAGCAACGCAUACAGAAAUUAAGCGUCUCAAAGGUGCCAUUCAACAGCUCAGUGACAACGUUGGGAAAGAGAAGGCAAAAGCUCAGGAGAUCUACCUCAGCUUGAGGGUUGGCUUGGAGAAAUAUCAUGAAAAUCUGGCCAGGAUAGUGGACAGCUACACAUCUUCCAGAGAAGACAAAAUUGCUCAAUUAACUGGAUUUUUUUGAUGCCAUAAUUCUAAUUAUUUUAUACAUACUCUUGUUUUUUGAUGCUCAGUUGCAGGCUAACUUUGAACAGGGAAAAAUGUGGACCUGUUUAAUGCUGGAUAGUUAUACUAGUUAAUGUAUUAGACUGAGAAUUUAAUAUUUUUGUCAAUACAUCAUUUUCUUGAGCUAAAAAUGUGGAGUAGUCUGCUGAUUGCAGCAACUCUAAAGUUUACAAAUCUCUGGUGAAGAAGUAUCAGGACUAUCUUCUGGUUUCCAUUACGUUAACAUUUUCUUAGUAGAGCAGAAUUGAGAGAGGCAAACUUGAAUCUGCUUUUACUGGAUGAUAAUAGUACCUUAAAAAUAGACAAAUUUGUAAAUUUUCUUUAACCAUAUAAUAAAGA